GAUUAUCUUGACAGAUAUACAAAUUGUCUGCUCUGUCGUUGGCUGCUGUACAUAAGUUAAGUGAAGCAGAUCAGUCUGCGUCCGUCAUAUUGUAAGAAAAAGGUGUUACAGAAAGAAUCAUGAGUGAAUCGGAGAAACCUUUCGCCUGCCCAUCGCCUGGGUGUAAUAUGAGUUUUGUCAAUGAAGACCAUCUCACAGUUCACAGAAAGAAGCAUGAUAUGGUUCUUAAUCUUGGUUCAAAUGGGAAAGGGUCCAAUGUAUUCGUAGCUGAUCAAACACCCACACCGACCAGAUUUAUAAGGAACUGUGAGGAAGUUGGGCUUUUUCAAGACCUUCAAAAUGUAAACCCUUUCGAGGAAACAUUUCGAAGAGCUGUGGAGGCUGGAAAGACUGGAGCCUUAGUUGUGCCAGAGGUGUGCAUUUCUGACGAUACGCUACACACACCUCACAUAUUUCCACACAUAGCAGACGUCCAACCAAGUGCAAGCGAUCAAGACAUCCUGCACAACAGAGCCUCAGAUCCCCCUGUUAUUAAUAUUGAAGAUACAGUGGAAGACGUAAAAGAUUCUAACAGCAAUCAUUCAGAAAAAACAAAGACUUUGGAAGAGGAUGGAGAAUCACAGCAUUCCACGGGUAUCGUAGAAACCAUUGUUGUUCAGGAAGCAGACACGUCAAUUCCCACUAUUGUCGGUGAUUCGAGGAGUAGUAUCCAGCAGAAGAACCAACAGCAUUUGUCUAUAAACGGAAAGGAGGUUCAACUUCUGAUGAAAACGGAGGAUGGACAAUUGGUGCAGUUAUCUGCUAUUCCAGUAUCCCAACCACAACUCGACCCAACAAUGACCGUCAACACCCAAUCAAACACUGCAACUGUUGUCAUUAAGACUGAGCCCUCAUUAAAUUAUGCGGAAAUGAAACAGCCAACGAAAUCUGCCGCAUCAUCCAGACUUUCCUUGGCAAAAAUGAAACUCAAAGAAGUAUUGACUAAAAACGGGGCGGGUGUAGGAAGCCAGGAAAAAACAGAGAGUACAAAUGAAAUAACUGAAGAUACCGGCAUCAUUACAGACCGAGUAAUAGAUCCUACGAGGAAGCAGGAUAUCUUGGAGCGUAAUCGAGCAAGUUCAAUGCGAGCCAGAGCUAAACGGAAAGCCUGGACUCAGCACCUGGAGAGGUCCGUCCACAACGUUAAUGAGGCGAACGCUGUUCUCCAGCUGGAAGUUCGAGCUCUCAGGGCCGAAGUAUCAAAGUUGAAGACCCUUCUUCUCGCUCACAAGGACUGUCCCGUAACCAAGGCCAUGGAACAAGGUACCAGCAUCCUCCUUGGUCCGAAGGUGAUAACUUUAAGCCGAGAUGUGGUUCAGGGUCGGGUUCCAUCCGUAGUGGCACCGACGGCUAAACGAGUGUCUGUGAUAUCGACGGACAUCGGUGAAGUCCUCCCCAGGAAGAAGCCGUUAGUAUCGAAAAACUCGAAUCCUAUGAUCCUUCCGAAGACGAGCGUGGCGACAUUUCCGCCAAAUGUAUUCGUCCACGGUGGUAAACUCGCGAGAAACUUAACAGCGGCGAUAAAAGUUAUCGACGUUGACCAAACGCAGCAGCAGAUCGUCACGACGAGGAGGAAAGAGGGAAAACAGCAACAAAUUUUAAUUGUACAACAAAAUCAGAAACGGAAGUUUACGGAGAAUCCACGGCAGAUUAUCCGAAUAAAUCCGAACUUUGAACUCGAUAAUGCCGCCUCGAAAAGUACCGGCUCGUAAAUAUAAUCAUUCCAAUUAUCUCAGAGGUUCCAGAAAUGAUAAGGUUCUAACUGCCGGUGUUGCUGCUGCUCCUCCUACUCCAUACUCUCACGUCGAAUGAAUCGAUUUGUGGCGCAACCUUACUGUAAUGAAAUACCAAUACUCUCGUUGUAUUUACAUGGUUUUCCAUUUAACAAAAAUUUCGCAUUUCACGAGUAGGGUAAAAUAUACUUGCAGCACGGUAGACCUGAUGUUAUGUUAUAUUACGUUAUGUUUUGUACAGAUUUACGCAUUUUCUCAGCACGAAAAACUGACAAUAAAAAUCAAUCUACAUGUAUC